UUCUAACCCGGUUCUGUACCCUGCAGAUCUUUGUCCUCAUCCCUGACCAUGAAAGCAGCACAUGGAGCACAAAAUGAGCCUCAUGGACAUCACCAAGAUGUUCUCCCUGCUGCAGCCCGGGGAUGACGAGGAGGGCAGCGAGGAGAGCGAGGAGCUGAGCCAGGCUGUGUGCCAGGACGACCACGAAACGCUGGCCAGGCUGCUGGCCCAGGACAGGUACAAGAGGCUCAUCAACCGGCGGAGCGGCUGGGGGGUCCCCAGCACCCCGCUGCGCCUGGCGGCCACCCGGGGCUGCCUGAGGAGCCUGCGGGUGCUGCUGGCCCACGGAGCCCAGGUGGACAGCCUGGAUGUGAAGGCUCAGACCCCGCUCUUCGUGGCCGUCAGCAACGGGCACCGCGAGUGCGUGCGGGCGCUGCUGGAGCACGGCGCCAGCCCGCUGGGCAGCGCCUACAACAACUGCUCCCCGCUGCUGCUGGCGGCCAGGGACGGGCAGGUGGACAUCCUGCAGCAGCUGCUGGAGCACGGGGCGCAGCCCAAUGUCCAGGCCAGGCUGCCGGAGUGGGCGGCCAACUCGGUGUCCUGCUCGGGGCCGCUCUACCUGGCGGCCGCCUACGGGCACCUGGAGUGUUUCCGGCUGCUGCUGCUGCACGGGGCCGAUCCCGACUACAACUGCACCGAGCAGGGGGUGCUGGCCCACGUCAGGGAGCCCAAAACGCUGCUGGAGACGUGCCUGAGGCACGGCUGUCACGGGGAUUUCAUCAGGCUGCUCAUCGAUUUCGGGGCCAACGUGUACCUGCCCAGCGUGCCCCUGCGCGGGGUGGCAGCGCACAGCGAGGGGAUGGAGCUGCUGCUGCGGGCCAGAGCUCAUCCCAAAUCCCUGCUGUCCCAAUCCCGACUGGCCAUGAGGCGCCUCCUGAAGCAGCCCAGCCUCUCAGCUGCCCUUGCAGAGCUGCAGAUCCCCAAAGUCCUGGCCAAAUACCUCCAGCACCAGCCCUGACCCCCCAGGGACACCCCAAUUCAAACCUGCUCCACCCCCUGCCAGUGGAUCCCAGUGGCAUCACUGGGAAUUUGUGGUCACAAGUUGAUUUUUGGUGAUGAGGUGUCUCCAGGAAACUGUGCCCAUGUGGAAAGCUGGGAAGGGGACAGAGGACAGGAGACUCAGCGAGGAGACUUGCCUCAGACCAUUUUUACAGAGGGAUUUUACAUUUUUAGCUGAUUUUGGUUGGAGAAGGAGGAAUUCCUGGCUGGGAGGAUGGGAAUUCUUCCCAGUGAAGGUGGGGAUGCCCUGGCACCCAUUCCCAGAGCAGCCCCUGGAUCCCUGGAGGUGCCCAAGGCCAGGCUGGGCACUGGGGCUGGAGCAGCCUGGGAUGGUGAAAGGUGUCCCUGCCCGUGGGAUGGAUGGGAUUUGAGAUCCCUCAUGAUUCCACAAUUCCCAGAAGAGUUCCCAAGUGCCUCCUCCCCUUGGGAGGGGCAGGACUGGAGCACAGGAGGGGCUGGGGGACAAAUCCAGAGUCCCAACACCUCCCCUCCUCUCCCUGCCCCAGCUCUGACCCCAAACAAACAUCACCUUCUCACCCCAAACAAACAUCACCUUCUCACCCCAAACAAACAUCACCUUCUCACCCCAAACAAACAUCACCUUCUCACCCCAAACAAACAUCACCUUCUCACCCCAAACAAACAUCACCUUCUCACCCCAAACAAACAUCACCUUCUCACCCCAAACAAACAUCACCUUCUCACCCCAAACAAACAUCACCUUCUCACCCCAAACAAACAUCACCUUCUCACCCCAAACAAACAUCACCUUCUCACCCCAAACAAACAUCACCUUCUCACCCCAAACAAAC